AGUAACUCCAGCUCCAGAUGCUUGAGGUCGAUUCGAGCCAGGAAUUCCUUAUCUUAUCUCCAUUUAUUCCCUCUGCUGCAAGCAUAUAGCUUGUGUUUAUUGUUGUGAAUUUUCCUGGAAACUCCCAGCUUCUGUUUCUACCAGCAGCUUCUGCUCUUAAGUGGAGAGAACCCGCGUUCUACCUUCAGGAUGGCGUCAGAUAUCGCUACUUCUUUCGGUUCUCUCGUCGUAAUCUCGGGCGAGUCGCGUUUCCAACGGGUAUUAGACGAUCUGCUCCCGAAAAUCCUGCAUCUAGCCGGCCGAUCCGGCGACUUCCACCACGCGCCUGGUGUGCAAGAAAUGGCGUGACGUGGCAUAUCGCGUGCAAGACGCCGUCCACGUGCGCAGAGACGCCGGCAUGAGCGCCCACGAGUUGCUCCGCCAGCUCUCUGCAUUUUCAAGGCACUCGGCAUUCCCAAGGCUCAAGAAGCUCGUGAUUUCCGAAUUCAGCCUCGUUCUCAUCUCGGACAGAUUCCUCUCUGCCUUGGCCGAAGCACACCCCGAUCUGAUCGAGCUCCGGAUCGAUGCCAUAGAGAUGUACGAUGGCUUUGAGGCGGACGGAAUGUCUCGCCUUUUCGAGGGGUGCACCCGACUCGAAGAUCUGCAUCUCUGUUGUCCGCCUACUUGGCAGGCGCACACCAUCCCUGAUUCCAUCGACCGACUCGCUGGGCUCAAGAACCUUUACCUCGAGGCCUUUAAUUUCGAUCUCCCCGAUUCUAUCACCUCGUUACAGUCACUUGAGAGCCUCACGCUGCGCACAUAUCGGCUGCGACGUCUGCCGCAAGACCUCGGCAAUCUAACCCUCCUCAAGUCCUUACAGCUGGAAUCUUGUGCCGUUAUCACCUCUCUCCCGACUUCCAUUCAUCAGCUCACCAAUCUACACCGCCUUUCCAUCAUCGCCUGUAGUCGCCUUCGCCUACCCGACAUUCUCCCCGAUUUCCCAGCACUCAGAAUACUUGACAUUCGGGACUGCGGUGCGAUCUCGCCGCUGCCCGAGAAUCUCGGUCAGCUCCAGGCGUUGGAAACCCUUCAGGUGGAGCAGGUGAUGGGACUGAGGGCACUGACGCGCCUGCCAGCGUCCUCGUCGGGCCUCACAUCUCUCACCACUCUCCAUCUGUCAGGAGUGAGCUUUUCAGCGGUUUCUGGUGACAUAGGCUGUUGGUUAUCAAGGCUCCGGACAUUGAAGGUGGAAGGCGGAAGGCUCACAAGCGUGCCUGACUCCCUUUGGCUUGCAGCUGCCCUCCAGAAACUUCACAUUAAAGACCUUCCCAGUCUCGCAUCCCUGCCCGACUGCUUCGGGCAGCUGACUGCGUUGAAGACUCUGCACCUAUCGGGCCUUCCAAGUCUGACAUCUCUGCCUGAGGGUUUCGGGCAGCUGAGAGCACUGGAAAUUCUGCAUCUGUGGAGGCUUGAAGCACUCACCCACCUGCCGGAAUCUCUCGGGCAGCUGAAAAAUCUCCAGGAGCUGGAUAUGUACUCAUGUGAUAAGCUGCGGCGGCUGCCCGAUUCCCUCGGUCGGCUAUCCUCUCUUGAACGGCUGAAAGUAAACCAUUGUCCAGUGCUGACUGCUCUACCAGAGGGCAUGGGGAGCGGCCUACAGAGCCUGCGAGAGCUGCUUUUGAAUUGCGAAAAGUCUCUACCACCUCCCUUCAUCGCUCUCCUCCAUUCCAUCGCUCGAAACGAUCGAGAUUGCGGAUCUCAAGUGCUUCAGAGGCACCCGGCCAGAGAGCUUUGGCGGUUUUGGAACCCUAAAGAAGCUCGCUCUAAAGUCGAUGCCGCACCUGUCGGCCUUCCCUGCUUCAACCCCUCGCCUCGCGCGCACUCUCACCAGCCUCACGGUGCACGGCUGCCACGAGCUGAGGGAGCUGCCAGGGGAGAUACGGCGACUAGAAGGGUUGGAGGAACUCAGAAUCCUUGACUUGAAUGGGAUGAAAACUCUCCCCUGGUGGGUGUUUGAGCUGCCUCGGCUGCGGGAGCUUGAAGUGCAGGGCUGCCGGCGCCUGUACAAGGUCGGCAGCACCACUCACACCCUGCCUGCCAACAGCAGCAGCAGCUGCUGCGGCGGCAGCAGCGGCGGCGGCAGCGGUGGCGGCGGCGGCAGCAGAGGCAGUGGCGGUGGCAGCAGCAGCAGCAGCAGCAGCGGAGGCAGCAAUUGUGGAGGCGUUGAAGCUUCAGUGCUUCCGUCGCCGCACAGCGUACAUACCAGUGCUGUUCCUCCCCAAGCACCUGACUCCAACCCAUCCCCGGGCGGUCUUUCCUCGGUGAAAAGGCUGAAGCUGUUGAACCUGUCUGCAUUCCUUUCGCUCCCUGCUUCCCUCACCCACCUGGCGAAUCUGGAGCAUCUCGAGAUUGCCUCUGCCAAGCGCCUAAGAGCGCUGCCAGAAACAUUCGGAACAUUCCCAAGGCUCGCCUCCCUCAAACUUUCUGCCCUUGAGAGUCUGCGCGAGCUGCCCGAGUCGUUCGGGCAGCUGAAAAACUCGAGUCUUUGGUCAUCGAAAGGUGUUCCAAGCUAACCAGGCUCCCAGAUUCCUUCCCCCAUCUGUCCAGCCUGCGCCAUUUCUGCGUCUCCUCGUGCAAGGAACUCUCUUCAAUGCCACAAGACUUUGGAAAGCUCUCCUCUCUCCAAACCCUUGAUCUAAUUAAUCUGUGGAGUCUUUGCAGCUUGCCAGAAUCUCUUCCGCUGCUGCCCCGGCUGAAGCGCCUGCAGGUCAAGUUGUGUGAGCAGCUGUCUCAGCUGCCACCUUCUUUCCGUGACAUGCAGUGGCUGCAGUGGUGCUCGAUUGAUGAGUGCCCUCUUAUCUCAAAUUGGCAGGGAAAGAGGGUUUUUGGAAGGGAAUACAGGGAGGAAGCAGAGGCGGAAAGGUUAGUAGAGAUGUUGGGUAAUGAGGUCUACCCCCGAUUAUAAUAGCCGGAGGCCUUUAAUGAAGGACAAGGGCUCAAAAUGCACUUCCUUGUCGAGAAGGGGGUCAUUGAGGAGUUUGAAAGCAAGCAAUGCAGAGGAGUGUUGCUCAGGAAGGAACAGGUUGCUAGCAUUGGUGCUGGAAAGAGGGUUUUCUUUUGUUGGAAAUACCUCAAGGACU